CCUCCCCCGGCCGGGGCGGCUGGCGAGCUGGGAGUCGCUGGGCGCGCGGGGCUGCCGCGGCGAGCCUCUCACGGGCUCAGCUGGUGGACCGUCCUGGCGAGCAGCCACGAGCAGCAGAGCCCAGGGAUGAGUGUGUCCAGGGAAGAUGUGAGCACCGCGGGGCUCCUGCCCGCCUGCCCCUGAAGCGCGCCCCCCGCCCCGGGCCCAGCAUGCGCCUGUCGGUGCGGAGGGCGCUGCUGGCAGCCGGCCUGGCCCUGGCCCUGGUGCUGGCCGUCCACCUGGGACAGCGGGUGCUGGAGUGCCAGGCGGUGCUGGGGGGCCUGCGGGGCCCCCGGCGGACCAUGCGGCCCGAGCAGGAGGACCUGAUGAUGGUGGGCGCGGACCACGUGGAGUACCGCUACGGCAAGGCCAUGCCGCUCAUCUUCGUCGGGGGCGUGCCCCGGAGCGGCACCACGCUGAUGCGGGCCAUGCUCGACGCGCACCCCGAGGUGCGCUGCGGCGAGGAGACCCGCAUCAUCCCGCGCGUGCUGGCCAUGCGCCAGGCCUGGUCCAAGUCGGGCCGGGAGAAGCUGCGGCUGGACGAGGCGGGCGUGACGGACGAGGUGCUGGACGCCGCCAUGCAGGCCUUCAUCCUGGAGGUGAUCGCCAAGCACGGCGAGCCGGCCCGCGUCCUCUGCAACAAGGACCCCUUCACGCUCAAGUCCUCCGUCUACCUGUCACGCCUGUUCCCCAACUCCAAGUUCCUGCUCAUGGUGCGCGACGGCCGGGCCUCCGUGCACUCCAUGAUCACCCGCAAGGUCACCAUUGCUGGCUUCGACCUCAGCAGCUACCGCGACUGCCUCACCAAGUGGAACAAGGCCAUCGAGGUGAUGUACGCACAGUGCAUGGAGGUGGGCAAGGACAAGUGCCUGCCCGUGUACUACGAGCAGCUGGUGCUGCACCCCCGGCGCUCCCUCAAGGUCAUCCUCGACUUCCUGGGUAUCGCCUGGAGCGACGCUGUCCUCCACCACGAGGACCUCAUCGGCAAGCCGGGCGGCGUCUCCCUGUCCAAGAUUGAACGAUCCACAGACCAGGUCAUCAAGCCUGUGAACCUGGAAGCUCUCUCCAAGUGGACUGGCCACAUCCCUGGGGAUGUGUUGAGGGACAUGGCCCAGAUUGCCCCUAUGCUGGCCCGGCUCGGCUAUGACCCCUAUGCAAACCCGCCCAACUACGGCAACCCCGACCCCAUUGUCAUCAACAACACACACCGGGUCUUGAAAGGGGACUAUAAAACACCAGCUAAUCUGAAAGGCUAUUUUCAGAUCUCAGCACAUGGUUUUGUUUGCCAGAAGAGGAGAAACUUUGCAUUCGAGUGGAAAUCGGACCUCUAAUCCAAGCAUAUUGCUUGCUAUUAACCGCCAAAACAGGACUGCUCACGAGGAACGUCUUUGCAUAUAUGUUUGCAAAAGCUGUGUCAUUGGAAACUUAACCUUGAGAUACUCUGUCUUAGGACAGUCCAGGGUAGAGAGCCAAGAGUGUAAAAGUAGUCCAGCUUUUGAAACUUAGGUUAUUUUAUAUUUUUCUCCUCGAGAACUUUUUUUGGUUUUUUAAGAAAUGGAUUUGCCAUCCUCCUCAACUCACAGGACUGCUGUGGUGGCUUUGUGUCUGGGUCAGGGCCCACCGCCUGCGCCUCUCCUGUUGACCCUUAACUUUUGAAGUCAAAGAAUCUAUUUAAGAAUUUAAUAUAUGAGGCUUUCUUUUAUUCUUCCUUGGUUCUACUCAG